UUCUCCACCUCUAUUUUGUUUUCGCACAGUUUCUCGGGAGAUCAGGAUAAAAUGACUAGCUGCGUGCCAGCGCAGCAGCAAAAGGACCAGGAGAAGUUGCUCAAGGAGCUGACCAGCAGCAGCGACGAGAUGGACGAUCCGGACCGUAGCCCACAUCAGCUGGUGGAGCCGACGUUCUCUUUUUCGAAUAGCAACACCUGCUGGGUGUGCAACGGCUACUAUGGGCCCAACUUCGGCGAGCCGUUGUGCGGCGCCUGCCACGCCUUUCUGUACAACGCCCAGCGGGCAGAGGAGCUGCUGACGGAGCUCUCAGACGACGAGGACUCUGGCAACGACGAGCCGCCGUUCAAGGACAAACAAGAGGACGAGGAGACCGAGAACGAUGUGGAUAUUAUGGGCUUUGAGGAUCUCGAGGAUCCGGAGCCGCCAGCCGAUCCACUGCUACCAGUGGAGCAGGAACAGGAUGAACAGGAGCCAGACCUGCCAGAGGACGAUCUGCCCCAGCUGGCGGCCGAGCCGGCGGCACCACGACGCGAGUCUCCGGAGCGCGACUUUGAGCAAGAACGGGCUGUCAAUCCCUUCCUGCUGCCGAUCAAGCGUCCUCGGGCCAUGGGUCCAUUGGCGCUGCCCCACUAUGUGCACGAGUUGGCCGAUGGAAGGGCGAGAGCCCAUGAAUACAACGCCGCCGGUGGAAGCGGGGCAAGUGGCAGCAGUAGGAACAUUGUCAACAUGAUACCCGUCGAGGUGAUGCUGAAGAUAUUCGCCUAUCUGGACGACAUGUCGCUUUGGAUGGCCAGUGAGGUAUGCAAGCAAUGGCACGACAUCGUCGGCAAGAACACGGCUCAGAGCAUGUGGAAGGCGUAUAUCAAGCAGCGCUGGCCGCUGUUCGACAGCUUGGCGGACAACCCCAACUGGUAUCGGUUGUACGGGGCCCUGAUGUCCUCCUGCUUCUGCCGCACCUGCCUGAUCGAGAUGGGUGGUCGGGGUGAGGAGGAGGAGCAGGCGGUUCACCAGCCGGGCGAACGGGAGCCGGGCAACGUGAUUCGAAACAACUUCCUGCGCGGCGAGGCGAAUUUGCUGAACAGCUACGACACCGAGGGCAUAUCGGCCAUACCGCUGGACAGGCAAAACAACUACUGGCAGGCCACGAUCCUGGGGCCACCGGGCAGCCCCUACGAGGGUGGCAAGUUCUUUCUGUUCAUCUACUUCCCGGAACGCUAUCCGAUGACACCGCCGACGGUGCGUUUCCUCACCAAGAUCCUGCAUCCGAAUGUGUCGCGGCAUGGCGACGUCGGCAUUGACAUUUUCCAGAAGCAAAACUGGUCGCUGGCGCUGAACGUGGCCAAGGUGCUGCUGUCGGUGCAGAGCUUGCUGACCGAUCCGUACACCGAUGUCUGCAUGGAGCCGGAAGUGGGAUACAUCUAUGAACACGAGCGCGAACGCUUCGAGCAAUUGGUGCGCUCCUGGACCUGGAAGUACGCCAUGUUCGAGCUGAUCGCCCCGCUCUAGGAGCUCCGAAGCCCGCCGAGGAGACUGGACUGAAAGUUGGAAACUACCCCUCUUUACGUUGUAACUACAUAUGUCUGUGUAUUUAGCUUAGUUGUGCCAUCCGGAUCGUUUAUUUUGGCCACCCUCUCACAUUUCCCUUUCACGCCCCAGGUCACAACAUAGUCGAAAUUACUUAACCUAAUAAUAAAUGUAUGCUUUAAGUUA